GUCCAGCCUCUUUAUUUCUACUUUGAGGCUGGUUCCUCAAAGUGUUUCUAUGAACAACUUCCCGCAGAUACCAUUGUUGUCGGACACUAUUACUUGGAAGAAUGGAAUGAGUCUUUGGGUCAUUUUGACAUUCCGAAUGAUUUAAAUCUUGGUAUUUUAGUUCAGCACAUGGAAGCUGAUCACCCACUUGUCUCGUCUAGAGGACAGCCUGAUGGUCGGUUCGCGUUCAGUACCCACCAAGCCGGUAAUCACGAACUCUGCUUCCAGACGGAAUACCAUGGUUCCCGCAUGGCCAACCAUCAUAUGCCUGAACUCCGCAUGCACCUUGACAUUAUUAUUGGAGAUGCCCAUCGUUCUAAUACAGAGGAGGAUAAAGAACACUCACAGGAUCUUUUGUCGCGGGCGCGUGCACUGAAUGCAAAAAUGCGCGACUUGCGCAAGGAACAACAAUACCAGCGUGAGCGUGAAAUGGAGUAUCGCAAUCUGAGUGAGGCAGUGAACUCUCGUGUUCUGUGGUGUAUCAUAAUCCAGAUGGUUGUGCUUUUGGGCUGCUGCAUUUGGCAAUUGUUCAACCUUACGACCUUCUUCGAGGACAAGAAGUUCAGAUAG